CACCCUGAUCUUGGGGGAAUAAAAAGUGGGGAGGGGGACAUUCACAUAGCAGGCAGGUGGGCGGCCAGAAGGGCCUGAGGUCAACCUGGGCCUGGUGGGUGCCUGAUGGGGGUCCCAUUGGGGGCCAAGUAGGGGAGAAGCUGCCUGUGCCCACCCCCCAAUAGGCUGGCAUUGUUGUGGUGCUCCUGAGGGAAGGGGCACCCAGAGAACAUUUGGGGUCCCCCCUCCACCUCUGGGACCUGUGGAAACUUGGGGGACCCAGCCCCAAGAAGGGACCCGUUCUCUUUCGGACCGGACCACCAGCGUUCUCCUCCCUUGCCGACAGACCUUUUCCUUUGCCUGGAAAAGGAGCUGCCCAGGGCCCACGAUGGGCCGGCCGGCCGGGUUUUAGGAUGUUUGGCCAGGCCAGAGGAUUGGCUUGGGGAAUCGUGAGGUUCUCCUGCUCCUCCAACCUUCGCUUCAGGCCGGCAGCAGAGACCAUGGUGCCUCGCAACCUCCAGAAGGUUCUCUGUGUGGCAGAGAAAAACGAUGCAGCCCGCGGGAUUGCAGACAUCCUUUCGAACAGCAGGAUGAGGAGGAGGGAAGGAAUGUCCAAGUACAACAAGAUCUAUGAAUUCCAGUAUCACUUGUUUAACCAGAAUGUAACUUUGAUUAUGACAUCUGUGUCCGGACAUUUGCUGGCUCAUGAUUUCAAGGCACCAUUUCGGAAAUGGCAUAGCUGUAACCCCCUGGUCCUUUUCGAUGCAGAAAUUGAGAAAUUCUGCCCUGAAAACUACAUGGACAUUAAGCGCACCCUCGAGCGAGAGGUUCAGCCGUGCCAGGCCCUGGUGAUCUGGACCGAUUGUGAUCGUGAAGGGGAGAACAUUGGCUUUGAAAUCAUUCAUGUGUGUAAAGCAGUGAAGCCAAACCUCCAGGUGUUCCGAGCCCGCUUCUCGGAGAUCACACCCCGGGCUAUCAGGUCCGCUUGCGAGAACCUCACCCAGCCAGAUCCAAAUGUCAACGAUGCUGUGGAGGUGAGGCAAGAGCUGGAUCUCAGAAUAGGUAAGAGAGAAAGCAGACUGUAG